AUGGUUGAAUGUGAAUAUUUGAAAUUAUUUAUUGCUAAUUGUAAAAAUGAUUAUAAACUUAAUUGUCGUCGAUUACUUUCGUUUUGUAAUAAAACAAUGGCUUCAUUUUUCUAUAUGUUAACAUAUCAAGUUGAAUUUGAUGAUCGAGUUUUUUUCACUUCUGUUGAAUUAUUAAAUAAAUAUUUAAUCUGUUCAAUGAUAAAAACGUGUAGUUCAAUUAAUAAAGAUCCAAACAGUCUAAGAAAUCAAUAUGAAUUAAUCAAAGAAAAAUAUCUUCGAGAGAAAUACAUUAUUGCUACUGGUUGUUUUCAACUUUCAACACAAAUCUGUGAUCGACCAAUUGAUACUCCUCGUUUAAUUGAAUAUUUUCAUGAACUUGCACGAAUGGAUCCAAAUAUGACAACAAUAACAAAAUUAAAUCGUGAUCAAUUAAGCGAAAUUGAAAUUCAUAUAUUAACAACAAUAGAUCAUAUAUUUCCACAAUACACUCCACAUAUGUUUAUAUCUUAUUUUCUUCGAUUUCUUAAUGAUGAAAUGAAAAUGAUUAGUGAACGUUUACAUAAUGCAUCGAUGCUUUUACUUGUUCAUAUUUAUUUACAAUGGACAUCACUUAUUGAAAUUUUAGCAAAAAAAGAAAGUGGAUCAUCAACAGUGACUAAAAUACAAAUGGAAAGUGUUACUCAACGAUUACGUGAUCCAUUAUUACUUGGUUCAGCUACAAUUCUUGCAGCAUCAAAAAUGUUUUGUCAUGGAAUGAAUUCACAAAUUCAUGAUAAGAUCAUCAGUUUAUUUGUUAGUCUUCUUGGUAUUGAUCCAAUGCGUAUUUAUAUGGCUCAAUUUUUUGCCGAAGAAGUUCUACAAAAAUCAGUCAAUGUUAGAUUAUUAAUGGGACAGACAGAUAAUUCAAAUUCAAGAAUUUUAGUCGAUCGUGAACAUGAUUUUGAUGAUGAAUCAAUGAUGACAUUUUCCUCACCAUAA